GAACAGCUGCUUGGCAUGUUACACGGGCAGUGAGGAAAAAGUCGUUUAAACUAAAUCCAUUGUUGUUUACACAGCGCUUUAACUAAAUUUUGGACACAGUCUAUAUCAAUAAAAGCUUGUCACGGCGGAGCUUCGAUAGCCAGCUGAUAACUGCGAGUGCUGCAACAAGACCAACAAAGUUGGCAAAAUACUCCUCCAAGGUCAGCCUUAGAUAUAGAGCCAACAGCACAGGUGAUCGGCAUAAAUCGCUUGCCUAAACAAUUUGCAAAUAUCGUUGGUAUCGAUCGCGGUGAUCUAUUCGCACAGAGUGCAGACACUCUGUCACUGUGAUCAGGGGAAGACCUCUCAGCUGCUGGACGAGAAGACUGCUCAAAAUGGGCUUUGACGAGAAGCGUGAGCCCACCGGCGGCAGACUGCGACUGCAGGACAUUCCGGCCCUCACCCAGGACCACUGCCGCAUGCGGGAUCCGGCGGAGGUGGAGCGCAUCAUCAACGAGUUCGUCAUCGGCGGACCAGAGCGCAUGCAAAUCGUCUCCGACUUCGACUACACCAUCACCAAGCAGCGCACGGAGGAUGGAGGAGCAGUGCCCUCCAGUUUCGGGAUCUUCAACGCCUGCCAGUCGCUGCCGGAAAACUUUAAGGCGGAGACGGACAAGCUGUACCACAAGUACCGGCCCAUUGAGAUCGAUCCCCACAUGCCCAUCGCCGAGAAGGUGCAGUACAUGAUCGAGUGGUGGACCAAGUCUGGCGAACUGACCAGCGGCUUCCCCUUCGACCAGUCGGAAAUAGAUCAGAUAGCCAGCAAGUACACGCAUGCGCUACGUGACCGCACCCACGAGUUCUUUGCGGACCUCCAGCGCUUGGGCAUUCCCACGCUUGUCUUCUCCGCCGGGCUGGGCAACUCGGUGGUCUCGGUUCUUCGCCAGGCCAACGUUUUGCAUCCGAACGUGAAGGUAGUCUCGAACUUUCUUCAGUUCCGGGAUGGCCUUCUAGAUGGCUUUCAGCAGCCGAUGAUACACACCUUCAACAAGAACGAAACGGUGCUAAAUGAGACCAGCGAGUAUUACGACUUGGUGCACACCAGGGACCACAUCAUAGUCAUGGGCGACUCAAUUGGUGAUGCAGACAUGGCCUCCGGGGUGCCUGCCUCCUCACACAUCAUGAAAAUCGGCUUCCUCUUCGACCACGUAGAAGCCAACAUGAAGAAGUACAUGGACACCUUUGACAUAGUGCUCGUCGAUGACCAGACCAUGGACGUGCCCAGGACCCUGCUCUCCCUCAUCGAGAAGCAACACAAGCUGAACCUGGAGGCCCCCAAGCAGAGCUCCCUAUAAUUCCCGCAGGGAGUUCACGAAUUCACUCUGAAAUGUACUCGUGCCGCUUCUGCUCUCUCAUUAGCAGGCUAGUUGCUGACCGGAACACAACAGAAGCUACUAAUUAGGUGGUUAGGCUUAAACAUUCUACUCAUCUUAACGAAUGAAUGUAUACUUCAUGGACACAAAUUAUAUUAAAGACAACUUUGUGCAUUGC